CAGAGAGACUAAAGACAAACAGCAUCCAUCUUCUCCCCCAUUUGGGUUUCGUGACACUGACACUCUGCUUCUAAGCUUUAGUUUUUCUCUUUUUUCUCUCAAUACUGUUUCACUAAAAAAUGCCAAUCAAAAAAGAUCCUUCGAUUCCACCGCCGAUGAUCAGCAAGAUCGGCCCUUACACCGUCUUCGUUACCCCUCCGUCAACCCCUUCUCCAACUGACCCUCCUGUUUUUCACUCUCCCAAGAAGGCGGCGCCGCCUUCUCCUUCUCCUUAUCCUUCUGCUCCGCCGCCUGUCCAGCCACCUCCCCAACAGUUCGACAAGUCUUUCCUUACUUCCCAAUCCCUUUCCGAUGGUUCAUUUUUGGGUUUCUUCAAAAACGCUGCCUUCAAACUCCAAAACGCUCAUUCAAGCUUGGAUGACCAUUUAGCUCGUUGGUUCGGCUUAAAUCAGUCCAAGUAUCAAUGGGCAUUGGACGAUUAUUAUGAGAGCAAGGGAUUGGAAAAGGAAGGUGUAAAAGUGAAAGAAAUAUCUAGCAAAAUACAGAGUGUGUAGCAUACUUCUUGUCCCCGAACUUGCACUGAGUAAGGGUGGUGGUUGUUUGUGGUCGAAAGAUGUCCAGGUUCAAAAAGGGAACUUCGUUUGAUGUCUCGGGAUCGGAUCAGGAUUGUAUGUGCUUAUGUUCUUCCUUAUACUAUAGUAGCUAACUGAGCUUGUUUGUAUAUUGGGGUUACCAAGUUAAUCUCUCUAGCAUUUGAGAUUUGCUAUAAACUGUGGACAUGUUCUUCUAUCUGUUGUCAUGUUAUUAAAAUGCAUCAUUUUGUUGCUUAA